AUGCACCUGCGAAUGAUGGCGAGCUCUUCCGGCUGGACCCAUCGUUGCUUGGCUUCUCCCUCAAAAUUGAUGAUCCCAUCGACACCUCGGCUUCCAGUGAGGCUCCGCCAUCAUCUCGUCUCCCGUGGCUUCGCCAGCUUGAAAGCGGCCAGAAGCCCUUAUAAGCCAUCAGACUCUUACCUGGUAGGCCCCACCGAGCCCCCACUUUUCGAGCACAGCUUACCAGUCCAUUGGGCGGAACACAUCCUGCCAACCUAUCAUGACCAACCGGCCCUGAUCUGCAGAGCCGAGCCUCCAUCUCCGAUUCAUCAGUCCGGACAGAGUGGCUGCCUUCGACUGAGCUAUGCCCAACUCGAUCAGAGCAUCAAUUCGGUGGCUCUUGGUCUCCUCCAGCUUGGGAUUCGCAAAGGCGACAGGGUGGGCAUCAAUACCCCCACACAUUCAAUCUAUCCAAUUCUUCAAUGGGCUACUUCCAAGAUUGGAGCCAUCCUGGCCACAGUCAAUCCAGCGUAUGCGACGUCUGAACUGGUCAACGUCCUUAAAAAAGUUGACUGCAAGAUAUUGUUUAGCACGCCAUCAUUCAAAUCCAAGGACAUGGUUCCAGUCCUGUCAAGCCUAUUCCAGGAGAUACCCUCACUCACAACCCUGGUCAUCGUCGAUAACGAAUCGCACCUGCCUGGUAAAAGGUCGAAAUCUGAAAUACUGCAGAAAGUUAAUUCUAACAGCUCAUCGUCGUCUUCGGUGAUCGACUUGGAGCAAGUUAUCCGCCAGUCCCCUUAUACCUCAUCAUCUGGACAACAUUCCUUCCCGGAACUUGAAGCAGAAGACGUCAUUAACCUCCAAUUCACCAGCGGAACGACUGGACUUCCGAAAGCUGUCUCGUUAACCCAUCGGAAUUUGUUAAACAACGCCCAACACAUCGCUGAUCGGACCAAUCUGACCUCGAGAGAUUUUCUAUGCAAUGUGCCGCCGCUGUUUCACUGCUUCGGAUCUGUUAUCGGGAAUUUGGCAAGCUUCGUUAAGGGUGCUACGGUAGUUCUCCCAUGCGAAACAUUUGAUCCGCAUGCAGUCAUUCGGGCUGUCUCUGAGGAACGUUGCACGGUCUUGAAUGGUGUCGGGACAAUGUUCUUGGCUGAGCUCAAUGCUCUAGAUCAAAUGAAGGAUGUGGACAUGUCUUGUCUAAGAACCGGUGUUGUAGCGGGCUCUUCAGUAUCAGCAGAGUUAAUGAAUCGAAUCGAAGAUCGAUUGGGCAUCAAAGAGUUAACAAUCCUCUAUGGGAUGACAGAAACUUCACCUGGUAGCUUUCAAACGCAAACGUCUGAUGAGAAAUCCAAGCGAAUAAACACAGUUGGGACUAUUUAUCCCCACACACAGGCGAAAGUGGUCGAUUUGGCGACGCGCCAGAUCGUGGAGAGAGGCCAGAGGGGGGAGCUCUUGGUUUCGGGAUACUCGGUCCAAAAGGGAUAUUGGAACGAUCAGCUCGAGACUUCAAAAGCCAUGAUAGCUGAUCAGGAGGGUCGUGUUUGGAUGCACACGGGUGACAUCGCAAGCAUUGAUGAUGAUGGCUACUUGAAAAUCGUUGGUCGUGCAAAGGAAGUCAUCAUUCGAGGCGGAGAAAAUCUCUACCCGGUCGUGAUUGAAAAUUGUAUCAUCAAGUUGGAUGGCGUAGUAAGUGUAGCAGUAGUUGCAGCCAAAGAUGAAUUUUAUGGAGAAGUCGUCGCCGCAUUCGUUAAAAGAAAGGCCACCAGUUCCAGAAGACAUUCUUCGACCCCGGCAUCGGGAACACUGACAACGGGUAUUGAUCAAUCAGUCACUGAAGAUGACAUUCGAGCGAUCGUGAAAACGAACAUGGCUGGGGCAAAUAUUCCAAAAUACAUAUGGUUCUUAGAUUCGAUUGGUCAAGGCGACUUUCCAAUGACCGGCAGUGGGAAGAUCAAAAAGACUGAAUUAGCUGCUUGGGCCCAGGAGUUAUUGAAUCACCAGGAAUGA